CAGAUGCCAGCUCGGACACAACUCAGCGCCGACGUAAAAACUAACUUUUUGAUCGAAAUAUUGUAAAAAUCGAGUUUCGGAUAUAGGUAUAAGUACAUAUCGAACUCAGUGAUUCUCCAGCGACAUAAACUUCGGUAUAGAAAUCAAACCAUUUCGUCAUGGGCUUUGAUCUAAACUGCAUUGUGGGCCACGUUGACGAGGAGCUCAUCUGUCCAAUUUGCACAGAUGUCCUGGAGGAGCCGGUCCAGUCAUCGGAAUGCGAGCACGCCUUCUGUCGCGCCUGCAUCGACAAGUGGAUGAUCCAGAAACAGAUUUGCCCGGUGGACCGCUCCGGGCUACUGACCUCACAUCUGGUGCCCGUUUCGCGCCUAAUGCGCAACAUGCUAUCCCGCCUAAAGAUCAAGUGCACCUUCUCGCAAAGCGGUUGUGCCCAAAUGCUGGCCCUCGAGGAGUUCCGGACCCAUGUCGCCGCCUGCGAGCAUAAUCCCAAGGUGGUUGUCGAGUGCAGCAAGGGGUGCGGAAUGAAGGUACCCAAGGACGAGAUGUCGCGCCACAACUGUGUGUUCGAACUGCGCGAGCUGGUGGAGAAACUGGCGAAGGAGGUUUCCGAUCUGAAGCAGAAGCAAUCCGAUAUGGAGGAGCAGAGCUCCAGCCAGCGCCGAGAGAUGGAGCUGUUCCAGUACUAUAUCGCAGCACUGCGAUCGACCAAUCCCAUGCUGCGCAACAUUGGCGAACAACUGGACCGCUUCUCACUGAUGCAGUGGGGCCAUGGACUCCCUCUGGCCAACAUCCAUACGUGGGGCAGUCUGAUCUCCACGCCGGACAAUCCCAUGCACCUGAUGGUGCGCGACGUUUUGCGUGAAAGCGGCUGUCCGAUGCAUAUGCUCAAUAUGCUGGUUGAACGUUGCCACGAGGAUCGCUGGCCCGAAGGUCUGAUGACGUUGGACGAUCGCCGCGAGAACCAACAUCUCAUGAGUCGGUAUGUCACCCGAUUGGUGCCCGGUCUGGUCAUUGGCAAACCGUGCGUGGUUGUUCUGGGCGGCGAAAACACCCACAUGCCGGAGAAUCUGCGCCCCAUCCUCGGACUGGUCAUGAUCUUCGUCGACGGUGUGAAUGAGGUAAUAUUUGGCGAAGAGAUUAUUUAAGCCAAUGAUGGGUCACCACAUCCUGCUUGUAUCCUCCACAUCUAAAUUCAUUUUGGUAACACAACACAAAAGCGCAACUGGCUGCCCGUUUUCCACGUCCUUUGUUUUGGAAUGAUGGUCAUGUUGCUUCACUGUCUUAAAUUACACGAUCGUACUUCAAAAGUCGUCAAAAUGAAAAAUAUAAAUAUGUUUUAUCAAUUCGAGUUACGUAAAUAGAAAACAAACAAAUGGU